AUGCAGACUUCCACCGGUUACCUCGAAGCCGACGGCGCGGGCGCGGCGAGACGAGGCCAUGUUCCCCAGCUGUCAAUAAGCGACGACGCCCACCAUGUCACCGAGGCCAUUGGCCAUCUGUACGGCGACGAUGAUCGUCGAGACGAGCGCAGGCUGAGCUACAUGCCGUCCCCCCUGGGCGAGACCCUGUCUGUGACCCCCGCCAGUCCAGCAAACGCAAAUACAAAUGCUGUAAACGCGAAUGGAAAGAUGGAGCCUGGGGCCAGGCUAGCUACUGGUUCCGUCGCGAGCAGCACGAAUAAUAAUAAUAACAACAACAACGACACGACCAGGAAUAACAACAACACCACCACCAACAACAACAAAAAUAAUCGUAAUGGCCAACGACCAGAAACCCUAUCAUCGCGACCGCCAGUCACAAAAGCUCCCUCGUUCGAGAGGGAACCCUCAUCCCCCGUACAUCUCUCGCCUGUCGACACCGCCAACUCAUCCUUUCCUCUCAACGAUAUAGACUACGAGUCCGACCCGGCUGCCAUCACCCAGGAACUCAACAACCUGGCCGCCAUCCGCCGAAUGUCCAUGGACGUUACCGGCGACCCCGACCUGCCGUCCUUUUCCAACCUACAAGUGCCCUCGGUGCCGCCCUCCGCCUCGGCCGACGAAAACGAUGCGUCGCGGCUGUUCUGGGUGCCUGCUCGUCUUCACCCAGAGCUUGCGCCAAAGGAAUUCAAGUCGUUUUUGGAAAGCAAAACAGAUCAGAUCAAGAGGAGGUCGAGUGACUUUUCUUCCAGCCUGUCAGUCGCCAGUGACGAUUCGGCGGCUGGGCUGCGGAGGAAACGAUCCAUGCUAUCACGGCAGAUUGACGACUCGAACGAAUACACGGAUGGAGCAGACAAACUGGAAAGGAAGCGCUCGGAAGGCCAGAGGGAAAAAUCAGAGUCCAUGAAUCCAAAUCUACACGAACUGGAGGAAAUGGUGGACGAUUCCAAGCAGGUGAACAAGGAGGCACUUGCACUGUUGGGAGGGGCGGAUCGUUCUGAUAUGUCCACGACGGAAGACAAACCAAUUCUUCCCCCGGCGCCCCCUGGUCACAGUCUCAAACGCUCUACCAGAACUCAGUAUCGAAAAGGGAGCUUGAAAAAGGGCGAGCGACUACCCUACUCAAAACGACUUGGGCGAACACCAGAGACAUUGGGUGGAGAUCCGCUGUCAAACGCAGCCGAAGAUCCUCCGGUAAUCAAGCCUCUAACCCGGUCAUCAACUGACCCUGGUAGGAGCAUUUCAGAGAGAAAUGCUCCCCAACAGAAUCCCGUGGCCCUCGUCGACCAGUCAAAGAGCACUGCCUUGCCCCCAGGCAGCGCAUCUGGUUCGGCAUUCGACUCUAUGGCCGACUCGAAAUCACCCCAACCGCGCCAGUGGCAUUCUCGGCUCAGCUCCAACGGCCGGUCAACCGUCCAACUUCCGCAAUCAUCGCAGACGCUGCCCCAAAUAGUAGAAACGCCUCCACCUGCCGAACCCAACAACAAUAGAAUCCAAUCAUCCAACCUACAACAAUCCGUCGUGAUACCCGAACGAACAUCAUCUCAAGACACUUCUUCUUCGUCGUCGUCUGGCGCUCUCCCCUCUAUAUCAGUGUUUAGCAAACGAUCCGCGUCGCAGAAACAUCACAACUCUCACAACUCAUCACAAACGUUGACGGAUCUCGCCUCCCAUCCGGCACCCCUUCCAGGAAACACGACACGAACAGACAAUUUAUCGUUGAUUCCCACUCUUUCUGAAGAUAAAAGGCAGGAAAGCAAGAAAUCCCAUAAAAAGGACAGCGACGGCGGCCGCAAGUCGAGCUGGCCAUGGUCGCGAGGAUCGGACGACAAGGAAAAGAAAAAAGACGGCGAGUCGAAAAAGAGCAAGACGAAACAGACCGCGGCCGAAAAAGCAUACGACAAACUGGACAAUACUCGGCUGGACGUGUUGCAAAGCUCGAUUGACAGCAUACCUCGCGGCCGAGAGAGUUUGGUGUUGGAGCGGCCUAUCGACCAUCGACUAGAAGAAGAACGAAGAAAGGAAAGUUCGCGGAAAUCGACCGACUCGAAGAAGGAUAAAGAAUCGGGCUUGCUGUCGUCGAUAUUUGGCGGCGGCAAGAAGAAAAGCGGCGGCGAUCACAAAAAGAGUGCAUCUCGAACGUUAUCGCCCGAGCCUUCUAGUAUUCGACAGAUCCCAGACGAGGAUUAUCCUUGGAGUCGGUUUAAUAUCUUGGAGGAGCGCGCCAUUUACCGGAUGGCGCAUAUCAAGCUGGCGAAUCCGCGUCGACCGUUGCAUUCGCAGGUUCUGCUGAGCAACUUUAUGUACUCGUAUCUGGCCAAGGUGCAGCAAAUGCACCCGCAAAUGUCGAUUCCCACGUCUCCGUCUCAAAGGGCGCAGCAGCAGCAACAGCAGCAGCAGCAACAAUCGGACCAGCCGGAUGAAUAUACCCAGUACCAGCGGUAUCAAGAGUAUUCCGAUCAAAGCUACGACGAGUAUGAUUACGAACCCGAAGACCACGGCGACCAGUACCAGAGCAAUGGACGACAAACUUACGACAAGGACAACACAUACCAGCAUUACGACGGAUCAUAUGGAUCCGGCGAGGCGGCGCAACGAGAAAGCGACCAGGGAAUGUGGUGA